UUUCCCUAACCUGGAACUUUUUUUCAAACAUCCCCUUUAGCUCCUUUGCAUUCUGGGUAAGGAAUUCCCAGGGCUGUCCCUAGCAAAGUGCGCAUGCUCCCAAGGAAACUCCAUGAUUUUUUUUUGGCACAGAAUCCAAGGGAAAAAUAGCAACUGGGAAGCAGGAAUUAAAGCUGCACCGAAAAGGGUCAAAAAUCAGAUCAGAACACACAUUGCAUGGCCGAAUCAAACCCAGGGAAACGGGCGGCACGCGUAGCAAGGCGGCGGUGACUCCGAGAGCCGCCGCGGACCUUCCAGAAACCAAAGUGAAAAUUCAACAAUGCAGCGGGCGCAAUAAAAGAGCUUUAUUGCUCUUUGUUUUUUAAGGGACGGAGACGAGAGAUAAAGAGGAGACACCUAUCCUCCCCCCCCCCCCCCCCAAAAAAAAGUCUGUCAACUUUGUUUCCUAAAAAGAAGGCGAAAAAGUUCGACGAAACAGGUUGUAUUGCCGACCCAGUGCUGGACCACUGAGAGAGAGAGAGAGAGAGAGAGAGGGAGGGGGUAGGGCCAUAGUCUGGCUUGCUCUUGGUUUUUAUCACAGCGUCUCUAAACCAUGUGUUUUGACGGGCUGAUACAAUGGACGGCAGAGCCUCGCGUUUUAUAAAAAUGAAAAGGUGUAGGAGAGCAGUGAUCAGAAAAUGAACGGAGGCAAUGAGAGAGGCAGAGACAAAGAUGGCGGCACGUCUGCAGCGCACGUUCCUAUUGGCUGGCAAAGAGCAGUGGAGGGAGGGAGAGUGGCCUACAUCAGCCCCAGCGGUACAGUCCUGUCCACUGUGGAGGAAGUGAGGACCUACCUCCUGACAGAUGGCACCUGUAAGUGUGGCCUGGAAUGCCCCUUGGUUAUACCCAAGGUGUUUAAUUUCGACCCCGAAGCGGCAGUGAAGCCUCACAGUACCGAGGAGGUGAAGGCAGAAGAGGACAUGACCAAACUGUGCAAUCACCGGAGGAAAGUGGUCGCCAUGGCAGCGCUGUGCAGGAGCAUGGAGGCCUCCCCCCUCGCCUUACCCGGCCAAGCUCCAGGUGGCGCUCUUAACUAUCUGGAAAACCCGUCAGCAGCACACAGCAGAUCACCCAACGCGGGCCUCAGCAAAUCCCCUCCUGAUUUCAAGAACAACUUGUUUCCAAAAUACUUCAUGGACAAAGCUGCCAGCGGCGUGGGGCCCCCCUUUCCGGGCCCCAAACAAGACCAUUGCACUUACCCCCGACAACGGCUUCCCAACCCCGGCGGGCUGACUCAGUACCCCAGACACCACCCCCCGAUCCCUGCCACAGCUGGGCUCAACCCCCCUUCUAAGAACUCCAUGUACGCUGGAGGAUAUCCAUCCAAUGGAAGCCUGGAUGCAAUAACAAGGGCUAACUCCAGGCUAUCUCCAGAACUCCCUCACUUAGGAUCUCCCCAGCCCGGGAGAAACCUGAUGCCUUCCCCCGCCCAAUCUCCAAGGGCCUUUGGUCAAGCUGGCAACAUGCCUUGCAGCUCAGGGUCCCAGAAAUACCCCCGGUUUACCAAUCCUCCGAACCAAACGUACGAUCUUUCAGGGUGCUCCGAUCACCUCAAGGGUUCUCCCUAUCUGAACUCCCUCCCACCUUCUGCACAGUCUCACACCCACGCUUUGGAUAUCCACGUGUCUUCGACUUUAGCUUCACUGGCCAACAGCCUGGGCGGUAGGUCCAUGCAUGAGGUCCAAGGGAACUUCCCUCCUUCCUCAUUCUCCGCCAGAUCCAAUACUAUGGGCUCCCCAUCCACCUUCUCUUCCUCCAUCUCCUCACCUGCUGGGAGCUUGGAGAUGUCUCCGCAGAGGUCCAGGCAUUCUUCAACCUCCUCCGAGCAUGGCUUCCAUGGGCAACAAGUAACCAAGUCCUCUCAUUCCCCAAUGCCCAUGAGCUCUCCCAAAUUCUUCAUGCCACCUAGCCCCAAAAGCCGCCUGGAAGGCAUUCUCCAGCAAUAUAAGGACACCAGCAACAGCGGGAGCAAUUCCUUAGGUAACCAUCACCACCCCUACCAAAGCAAUAACUUCCAGCCGCCCCAUCCACCCCAUUCUCCUACGUUGGAGAAAAAGGUCCAAGCGUCAGGAGCUGCCAGUGCUUCCGGAUUCCUCGGUCUCCCUUUAGGUCAGAUUCUCAACCAGCACCACCCCCACUCGUCCUCCUUUCCAGCUAGCAGCCUACUGUCCGCAGCUGCCAAAGCUCAGCUGGCAAGCCAGAAGAACAGCAGCUCUGCAGGCAAGGAGGCUCACACCAAGGUACUAAGCACUUUACAGAACAGCCUCCCCAAUAGACAAACCAGCCCCCUUCUCUCCAACUCCAACACCACACCCAGCUCCCCAGCGCCUCAAGACAAGCCGUUCAAGAGGAAGAGACAAAGGAGAUCUCCAACAGUCCUUAGCAUGCUCAAAGAAUCCCAGAUGAAUAGUCUCCGAACUGGGGUGGACCAACUGUCUAUGGAGAAGACCUCCUUCUCUCUCCCCUUGGGUGCUUCCCAGCAGCAACUUAUAGACCUUAAUCCUGGGCUAAACCAGUCUGACUCGGUUCAGUCUACCGGCUUCCCCAGGCAAGCAGAAGCUCAGGAUCCUCUGAGAAGCAAGACCCCGGGUGUUGGUACAGCUCAGCCUUUGUCUGCCCUGCUUCACUUGCUCAGCAUGCAGAACGCUCAGGGUGGUGGCAGCAGCGGGAGCUCCCUUGGCCAGCCUGGUCUCCAAUCUCAAAGCCCUGCUGCUGCUCCCUCUCCAGUCCACCUCCCUCCAUUCCCCCAGCCCAACCCAGGAUCUGACCGAGCUUUGACCCCCAACUUUGGAGGUCCGUCCCCAUCUCCAAGCCAGCAGGCGUUCAUGAACGUGAAUUUGAACGCUGCCCUGGCUUCCAUGGCCGAUCCAGCAGGCACUACCGGAGACUCCAGUAUGUUCCCCGGCAUGCAAGAUCUCAACAGCCAGCUGCUUGGCCUCCUAGGUCAGUUCUCCACCCAGACCUCCUCCCCUGUCUCUUCUUCCUCCUCCUCCUCCUCCUCUUCCUCUUCUCCUAGUGCAGCUCAGGGCUCAGGGAGCAGUAACCUGGCUGCACAACUGAAGGCUCCAGCAGCCACAAGCGAGGCUGUGCCAGGCUUACCCAGCAGCAACAGUAACCAUCAGCAUAUUCAGCAGAGCAAUACUGUCACAGGACCCACCAACCUACCAGCAUCCCCAACGUCCACCAAUCACAAAAUGGCCUCCAGCCCCAGCCCUGCGGCGCUCCACACCCCCUGCCAGCAGCUUCCCCUAGCAGAGCUGUUCCCCUUCAUGAACCCGGACCAGCUUCUGCAGCUCCUCUCCACCAACACUGGGCUGACCCCUCUUCUAAACCCCCCCUUCAUCGGAUCUCUUCCCCUGGGCUUGCAGCUAAUGGGUCAACAGCAACACCAACAGCAGCCCCAAAACAUCCUAAACCACAACCCCCUAAACCUCCUGCCUUCCUUACUGGGGGGCCAAGGGGACCUGCCAGUGAACCUCCUGGGUCUCCUAAACCCGCCACCCAAUGCUGUUCUGCCCCCUAGUGACCCUGCCGACAAACAGGCCCUGCAGGCUCUUCUGACUGCCUCCCUCUUGCUCGGGCAGCAGCAGACGGCCAUGCUCCCUCUAGGUGGGCUCAAUCUGGGCAGCCUCAACCUGGAUUUCCUCCAGCAGCAGUUCCCUCCCCCGCAGGACGGAGACAAGCCCACGGACGCCCCCUUGCUGCCGGGCAACGAUGGGUUCCAGGGUCUGGGAGACGGUGCUCUCCAGGCCCUGCAGGCUCUGCUCUUCCCAGCCCUGUCCACCCCCGCCCCUCCCAUCCCCGCUGCGUUGCUGUCCCUCAACCCUGCUCUCCUGGCUGCUUUCCUGGGCUCCACUGAUGGGGGCGCGAACCAAACUCAGGUCGGUAUCUCCAGUUCCUCCAUGGGACCUACCUCCAUGACCAGCACUUCUACCACGACCACCCCCAGCUCGGGAGCUGAAGCCCCCCCAGCCAUGUCGAUGGGAGACCCCCUCCUGUCAUUUAGUGGGGCCCCAGGGAAGCUGAACCCCCUGCCCCCCCAGCUGCUCAACCCCCUGCUGGGAGCCAACCUGCUCGGUGACUUGGCAGCGUUCAGUACCAGCAGCAUGCAGCUCAGCAGUCUUCACACCCUGCUGGCUUCCAGCCCUCUGCUCCUGCCAGGCCAGCAGCAACACCACCUCCUCCCCGCCUUGCAGCAACCCCCCCUGGGCAUGCAUCUAAUCCAGGGCCAGGCUGCGCUACCUGGACAGGCUGGGACCAUGAAUCCAAUGGCAGGCCUGCUAAACACCCUACAGCUCAAUAUCGACCCGGGUCUCCCAAUGGCCGACAACAAGCCAAUAAACACUACGAACCAGUUGGAGGAAAACAUAAGCCCCGCCCCUGCAGAGGACCUCCCGGCGAAUCAGCUGCCACCAGAACACCUGCAGACCUCUCAGCCCCUCCCCCAGCGCUCAAGCCCCCUGGACCCCUAUGGAUCCUUCAUGGAUGCCAUUUAUAACUCCUUCCUCCAAGUCACGGGCAAAAAGGCCCAGGAAGCAGCUGGCCCGACGGGACAUUCUGUAGGCCAGUCCGGGGCUUCCGCGCCUAGUCUCAGUGCUUUGAGUGCCUUAGCUCCCACUGCCAACCUCCAAGCCUCUUAUCCACAAUUCCACGGAGACGCAACAUCUCUGCUGGCCCAAAACGGACCGCCUUCACACAGCCCCAGGAGGGCGUGCAGCGUCCGGAACCAGGACUUGACCAGGCUAGGGAUGGAGGCAGCCCACUCUCCAGCAAGGGGGACCCCCAAACUGACUGAGGAGAGCAGGACGCCUCCCAGGUUUGAAGGGGUGCCGGCCGAUAAAGCGAACAGCCGGAGCAACGCCCAGCUGCUGAGCUCCACACCGGCUUUCCCAGGCUCGCUCGACGAAGCAAAGACCGAUUCCUUCUGCAAGUACAGCAACGGGGGCCACCCCAGGACUGAGCCAGCCUGCCGGCAGGACGAGCCUCCUCUCUUCAGGGGCUGCACAGGGGAGGGCGGCACCUCCGAAGGGGGAGGGGAGGAGGACCCAGUCCAGUGUCUCUACCCCAGCAGCAGGGCAGAUUGUCUGAACGGCACAGUGUUGUGUCCCAUAAUCGACCAGGAGGUCCGUCCAGCCCCACACGAACCAGAGGAGGGCAAGGGUGACUCUGUCCAGCAGGAGACCCCAAAAAGAGGACGCAAGAGAAGACAAACACAACAGAAGCUGAACAGCAGUUCGAAAGAGGCCUUCACUGAAGACAUGGCAAAUCUGGACCCGAAAGCACUGGCAAUUCAGAGACCAGCGAAAAACAAGAGAAGGAAGAUUGUCAGAUAGCGUCUUCAUCUCUGGAGAGAAGAUCACAGCUUGCAGCUAACUAGGGGCACUUGUACUGUAAAUUGAACUGUCUACUGCAGGACUAGAUUGUAGUUGGACAGGACACACACACACACACACACACACAUUGUGUCUAACACUACUCAGGUUUGUCCUAACGUGAAGCCAGUCAAAAACCCAACCACCAGCAUAUGAUCCUUCUCUCACCUUCUUCUCAGUGUCACUCCCCACUGCUUCGCAACCUCCAACCCAUCCACUGUGAGCAAUGCCUCAAGAAAUUGUAGGAGACGCCCAGGCUCUUUGGGCCUUCUACCAGCUGCCUUCUGUCCUAAUCUGGAUCGAUCAUGGUGCACUUCUCUCCAUUUUCUUCUAUUGCCUUUAGAUUCUUCCCUCAUUUUGCAUGUACUGUUGCGCGUGGUUCCAUGUCCUGCUUUGUACCGAUCUCAGCCCUCCUUAUCUAAUAUAGGAUAGUCCAAGAUCAGCAGUAAUAGGAGUCUUUGAAGCCCGCCGCCACUGUUUGAACUAGUGUAGUAUGAGUUAACCCUAAUCCGAACAGGGAAAGAAAUGCACUACAUUUUUUGUUUUACGAAAUACGAAUUAGGAAGUGUUAAAUGUUCUCAAACAUUUUUUAAAAAUAUUGCACCAGGUUUAUGGAGUUCAUUGAUACUGCACCAGUUAGGGAGUUGAAAAUCAUAAAUUCUAUCGUAGUAUUAUUAUUCUUAUUAUUUGAUAUUCCACGCGUUUAUGGAGUUGAGCAUUUUAAAAAAAAUUACUCACAUUUUAUGCAAAUGAAAAUCACUUUUUUUUUUUUUAAAUUAGAUUUUGCACGGGUUGAGGAAACGUAAGUUUGUUAUACCUGGUGAUAGAUUGGAGUUGAGAACACAAUAAUAAUAAUAAUAAUAAUAAUAAUAAUAAUAAUAAUAAUAAUAAUAAUAAUAAUGCACAGUUGUGGAGAUGAGAAUUGACCAUCUGAUUCCCAGGGAUGGUGUGUUGUUGCUAGCCAACAGAUCCUGAACGGGACCUUGUGGGUCUGUCUGGUGCUUGCAAGCGCUGGAAAAGUACGUCUACCUGCAAUAGAAAUGAGGAACGUGGCACUUUGUUAAAUGACAAAAUGGAAAAACUGUGGAGCUCAGCGCUGAGGCAGCAUUAAUUAAGAAUGGCAUUGACCUUCUCGGAAACGCAGAUAGUGCUUGAUGUGGGAACAGUUUGCAAGCAGUUUGCCUGUGGUGGUGUAAUAAUACAAAGGUUUUUAAAGCCUGGAUUAUAUAACCUGCUUGUCUAACUGUUGAGGUCUGGAUGUCUAAAAUGUCUUGCAAUGUCAUGUUAGUAAAACUAAGCUCUUGCUUGUGGGAUCAAGGCACCAGCUUCAUUAGCUACCACUCGCCUCCUACCCAGAGUUUUGACAGCUCUCAUAAACAGCAACAGUCAGAAGGCGUGGAGUUCAGUUAGACUCUACGCUAAUGAAAUAUGUUUACUGGGACCUGAAGAACGUUGCCAGGUUCUUUUUGCACCCGCUCCAGCGCUGUUGGCUUGCCAGGAAGCAUCAGAGAUGCUGAUUCCCCAGCAAAGUUGUAAGUCCUGGCUCAAGCCCUAUUUGUUCUCUUCGAGUUUUUGGAGCGUGCUUGCAUUUUCUGUCUUUAUUUUAUCGUGCUUUUAUUCUUUCACGGUUCGGGUCUUGUUUCACAGUUCUUUUGAUUGCGAAACGCUUUUGAGAUGACUUUGAAAGGCGCUAUAUAAAAAAUAUUUGAAUUGAUUGAUUGGACCAGCAAAGGAAAUCAGAGACAAUCUGCAGGCACUUCACGUUUGGUCACAGAUUUGAAUUUCGCUGAAAACCAGAAAUAAUGGGGGUGAAUCAAACGUUUUUUUUUUUUUUUUUAAGAACCACAAUAAUUCAAUUUAAAGAGUAUUGGAAUGGCCUUGACUUGAUUACCAUUACCAAUUGGUUAAUAAUAUUGGAUCGGUGUUGGUGAUUGGUUGGGUGGCUGGCUUUUACUUGUGGGACUGAAUUAUGAUUGGACCUGGAGGGAGUUGUACCUCCCCUUUAUUCAAAUAUCUUUCAGCAUGCAGAGAUAAAUAAUGAAACAUAGAUGUGAGUGUGAAUUUUGAAUAGGAAAGACUCUAGUUAGUGGUUUAUCUUGAACCAGCUAGUCUACCCUCUGCUCUGUACCUGUAGAAUGAAAAACCAAAAUGUUUUCCAGAAACGGUUACUAUAUUUAAAAACUAAAUGAAUAGAAAAAAAGCAGAUUAUGCAAUUUUUACUACUAUGGGAUUUUGUAUAUAUGUACAGUUUUAGCCUGUGUGUGUUUCAUUGGGGGGGGGCAUGUACACUUUAUAGAACACAAUCUUGUCUUUUUUAAUGUAAAAUAUUUUUAUUCCUUUCUUCCUUUUUAAUAUUUACUUUUUUUGUAAAGAAGAAACUUUUAAUUGUGAAUUGUAGCUUUUUUUAUAUGGGAAUUGACUUCUUUUUAAUUUAACAAAUUAAAAUGCUUUUCAAAAAUAUAA